AUGCUGAUGGAGCCGGAUCAGCUUCCACCCGAGGCGCCCAUGUCUAUAGGGCGGCGGGAUGUCCCUGACCGCGUGGAAGCCGCCCUGCAGUUCUGUGGCCCUGCGAGGGCGCGAGACGUGCCCGACCCGCGCAGCACGGGGCGCGCGGUGCGCGAAGCGCUUGGCGACCACUGCGUGCCCGCUGCUGUGGCGCUCCAGGAGGGGCCCCGCCUGCGGCGCGCCUGGCCCUCAGCGGAAGGGGCCGCGGCAGCCCGCGGGGGGCAGAGGCGGGGCGGCUCCGCCGGUGGAGGCCGGCGGAAGGCCGGCCAGCGGGGCUCGGGCGCGAAGGCCGCUUUGGCCCUGGCGGCCCCGUCGGCCAGGCUGGGCGCCGCGGUGCCCCCCAAGCGCCUCGGGCAAGCCCGGCCCGCGCGCGCGCCGCGGCGGCACUCGCCGGCCAUGCGGAGCGUCGGCGGCCAGGGCCUCGAGCCCGGGCCGAGCCCGCCGCAGGGGGCGGAGCGGAGCCCGUCGAGGGGCCGCACCGCGGACGAGGCCGAGGCCGCCGCGGAGGCCACGCGGGCCGCGCUGCGGGGGGAGCUGGCGGCCUUCGCCAGCGGCGCGCUGCGGCAGGAGCUUGAGGAGGUGGCCAGCAAGCUUCGCCAGCACGUGCACAGCGAGAUCAGCGAGUUCGUCCAGGUCUUCUCGCUCUGGGCAGGGUCGGGCGCGGGCGGCGCGGCGCCGCGGCCGCCAGGGCCCGGGCAGCAGCCGGCGCCCCACCGCAGGCAGGGCGGCGGCGACGCGGGCGGCCGCGGCCGGAGGUUGUGUCGCAGAUGCGACAACGGACACCGGCACGCCUUGGCGGAGGGGGCGGAGGACCAGGACCUCGCAGUGGAGGAGGCCGAAGCUGAGGCCAUGGUUGGCGGGGCGGGGCCGGCGGGCGCGGCCGCGGAGGCGCCGUCGCAGCGGCUCCCAGCGUCCUCGGUGCCGCCGCGGGCGGGUCUGCCCGGCGCCCCGGCGCUGACCCGGGGCUUCUCGAAGUCGGGCUCGGGCUCCGCCACGCUGCGGGAGGCCAGCGGCCACGAGUGGACGCGCCGCCACAUGCGCGGCUUCAAGUCUCCCAGCGGCUGCCACCCCGACAGGCCAAAGGGCCCGGCGCACGGCGCCGUCGCGGCCGCCACGGACGGCCCCUCCCCCGGCGGUGCCUCGCCCUGCGCCCGGGCUGCGGCGGGCGCCCCGGCCGCGCGACCGCCAGCAGGGCCGGGGCCCGCGGCCCGCGAGGCGCGGCCGGGCGCCCAGCUCGCGCGGCCUGUGGCCGAGCAGGAGCCCGCGGCUGGCGAAGUGCGGCAGCCCGGUGCGGAGGCCAAGACGGCAGCAAGAGUGGUGGCGUUGUGGAGGCGUGGCUGGGGCGCCAAACGUCCAUGA